UCUUUCAUGUGCUGUGUUUGUAGCCUAUUUGAUGCAGAAAAACGGUGUUUCUGACGGAGUUUGUGUGCAGAGAAGGUUUCUGUUAUUGUGUGAAAAUGUCUAAAGCUCAAAAGUUGAGAUCGCUGGUGAAGCAGCGACUAACUGCGGCUGCUGAAGAGAUAUUUGGGCUGUUUGAAACGACGAUAGCAGAGUACGAGGAGGAACUUUGUCGUUCAAAAGAGGAAAACGAAAGAAAACAGAAACUCCUGGACGCUGUUUUAAACCCUGAGCUUCUAUUAGACAGAGCAGACAUCCAGCAGGUGUUGAUGGUUAAAGAGGAUGUCCCCUCUGACGAGCGGCAAUCCAAUCUGGACCAGGAGGACCAAGAGCCUCGAAAUAUCAAAGAGGAACAGGAGGACCUGUGGACCAGUCAGGAGGGAGAGCAGCUUCAAGGCCUGGAGGAGGCUGAUAUCAUGUUUACUUCUGUCCCGGUGAAGAGUGAAUAUAAUGAAGAGAAACCUCAGUCCUCAUGGCUUUGUCAAAGACAAACUGAACAGAUGGAAAAUGAAGAUCAUGGAGAGGACUGGGGAGGACCAGAAGCAGAACCAGCCAGCUGCUCAGAUCCAAAUAGACACCCAGUACCAGAUACGUUCAAGACUGGAGAUGCUUCUGAGACUGAUGCCAGUGAUGACUGGAAGGAGACCAGAGAACCUCAGUCAGGUUUAAACUCACUGACAGACCCCCAAACCUCAGUCUCUGUCAGUGGUUUUAACUUUAGUGUUGGUGAGAAACUAUUUAGCUGCUCUGAGUGUGGGAAAAGAUUUGGGACCAAGAGAAGUGUGAGGAGACAUGUUAGAACUCAUUCACAAAAUAAACCUUACAGCUGCUCUGUCUGUAAGAAAUCUUUUAGUCAGAGUGGCAGUGUACAGACCCACAUGAGAACCCACACUGGAGAGAGACCGUACAGCUGCUCAGUUUGUGAAAAUAGAUUUUCUAAUAAGGAGCAUCUGGAGAUACACAUGAGAACUCACACAGAAAACAAACCUUUCAGCUGCUCGCUCUGUAAUAGAUCUUUUACACAGAGAGGCAGUUUACAGACCCACAUGAGAGUCCACACGGGAGAGAAACUCCGUCUGCUCCGUCUGUCAGAAAUCUUUUACACAGAGUAUAAAAUCUUUCAGCCACUCAGACUAAAAACGGUGUUUCUGACGGAGUUUGUGUGCAGAGAAGGUUUCUGUUAUUGUGUGAAAAUGUCUAAAGCUCAAAAGUUGAGAUCGCUGGUGAAGCAGCGACUAACUGCGGCUGCUGAAGAGAUAUUUGGGCUGUUUGAAACGACGAUAGCAGAGUACGAGGAGGAACUUUGUCGUUCAAAAGAGGAAAACGAUAGAAAACAGAAACUCCUGGACGCUGUUUUGAACUCUCAGCUUCAGUUACAGAUAGAAGACGUCCAGCAGGUGUUGGUGGUUAAAGAAGAGGAUCCCCAUGAAGAGCAGGAUCAGAACUGCAGUCUGGAUCAGGAGGACGAAGAGGAGCCAGAGCCCCGAAAUAUUAAAAAGGAAGAAGAGGAACUCUGGACUAGUCAGGAGGGAGAGCAGCUUCAAGGCCUGGAGGGGGCUGAUGUCAUGUUUACUCCUGUCCCAGUGAAGAGUGAAGAUGAUGAAGAGAAACCCCAGUCCUCACAGGUUUAUGAAACACAAACUGAACAGAUGGAAGAUGAAGCUGAUUGGGCUGAAGAUGUGUCUGAACCUGAGACUGAUGCCAGUGAUGACUGGAAGGAGACCAGAGAACCUCAGUCAGGUUUGAACUCUUUGGAAAAUGAGAAUAAAAUCUCUGUCAGCGGUUUGAGAUGUAGUGCUGAUGAGGAACAAUUUAGCUGCACCGAGUGUGGGAGAGGAUUCAGGAACAAGGGGAAUCUGAGUAGACAUGUGAGAUCUCAUGCAGGAGAGAAACCUUUCAGCUGCUCAAUUUGUGAUGAAAUAUGUUCUGACAAGGAACAUCUGCAGACACACAUGAGAACUCAUUCAGAAAAGAGACCAUUCAGCUGCUCAAUCUGUAAUAAAUCGUUUACACAGAGUGGAAGUGUGUUAUUACACAUGAGAAUCCACACAGGAGAGAAACCUUACAGCUGCUUGGUUUGUCAGAAAUCUUUCACACAAAGUGGAAGUUUACAGACUCACAUGAGAAUCCACACGGGGGAGAAACCAUUCAGCUGCUCACUUUGUGAUAAAAGUUAUUUUCGCAAGGAAUACCUGAAGGCACACAUGAGGAGUCACACAGGAGAGAAACCUUUCAGCUGCUCAAUUUGCGAAAAAAGAUUCUUUCGGAAGGAACAUCUGAAAAUACAUAUGAAAACUCAUACAGAAAAAUCUUACAGCUGCUCAGUCUGUAAGAAAACCUUUACACAGAGUGGAACUUUACAAUUACACAUGAGAACCCACACGGGAGAGAAACCUUACAACUGCUCCAUCUGUCAGAAAUCUUUCACACAAAGCGGCAGUUUAAAACUCCACAUGAGAAUCCACACGGGAGAGAAACCAUUCGGCUGCUCACUUUGUGACAAAAGCUUUUUAGACAAGCAAUAUCUGGAAAAACACAUGAGAACUCACACGGGAAAGAAACCGUUCAGCUGCUCUGUUUGUAAGAAAUCUUUUGCACAGAAUGGAACUUUACAGGCGCACACGAGAAUCCACACGGGAGAGAAACCGUUCAGUUGCUCUGUCUGUCAGAAAGCUUUCAGACAGAGUCGGACUUUACAGUCUCACAUGAGGAUCCACACGGGCGAGAAACCUUUCGAAUGCUCCGUCUGUAAGAACUCUUUCACACAGUGGGGAACUUUACAGGCGCACAUGAGAAUCCACACGGGAGAGAAACCCUUCAGCUGCUCCGUCUGUCAGAAAUCUUUUAGACAGAGUCGGACUUUACAGAGACACAUGAUAAUCCACACAGAGGAGAUUCCUUUCAGUGAGUGAUUGCUUGUUUUUUCUUUGUUCUUGUACAAGAAAGCAAACACUGCCUACAUUAUCACGUUGCAGCUUUGUCUUCAAGCUAAAUUUGCAUUUUAAGGCUUAUUUUAGGCUUAUGACACCUGUUUUUUUAUCCCAUCAUACCUUACCAACAUUUAGUCCUGUCACGAUAAAAUAUUUUUUAGGACGAUAUAUUUUCCCAGAAACUAUCACGAUAAACGAUAGUAUUGUUGUAUCAAUGUUUUCAUUUUAUAACGAUAUCAGAGCAUAAUAAGUACAUCCUUUUCCACAGCAUUGAAUUUUGAAAAUCUCGAUAAUAAUAUAUAAUAUCGCUGUGGGCGUCUUUCUGUGUGGAGUUUGCAUGUUCUCCCCGUGUCCCCUGAGGAUCCCCUUACAGGGACCUCUCACAAAAACAUACAUUGAUCCUGGUCGCUAUACAGCCUCCCUCUGGUCGGUCGGGGCGCCUGAUGGGGGAACCGGUGAGAUUUAAAAAACAAAACAAAAAAAAACAUUGGAAUUGAAAAAUCUUAGAUAAAUAAAACAUAAAUAAACUACAAUCAAAACAAAUUAAAUUGACUUUCAGACUCUGUUAACAAAACAUUGCAAUGAGCAGACAGACUGCAAAGAAAGUCCUGUUAUGAUGUUACAGAGACUGAUAAAUGCAUUGAGUAAACUUUUUUUUAAGAGAUUCUUGUGUACUAUAAAAAAAUGUCUGUAUCGCCUUGCUUGCAGUAUUGUAAUAUAUUGCCAUAUAUUAAACCUAAACUACGCACAAAAAGUAAGGCAAUUUGUGUUGGGUAGAUUAUUUUGUUAUUGUAACAAUGCUUUUUGGCAAUAAAUCUUAUACCGUUGGAAAGCCUGAAGUCUCCCAUUUUAAAUGGUACCACAUUUCUAAGGAACAUGCAUUUGUGGGAUAAGCAGCAGAGCUGAGUAUGUAGGCUGUGCCCAAGAAAAAUGUGCCAAAUCUUCUCAUUAUUUUGCUGUUGCUAUUGACUCUUAUUUUGAGCUUUUGGUACUCCCAGGUGAUGCCAAUCAGGUGCCAAUCAGAAACUUGAUUGGCAGCAUCUGUGAGAAUGGGCCCUGCUACAGUAUGUAGUCAGUACAGUCAGUACAGUUGGUGUCUGUUCCACCAUCACACUGGUGGAGGCAGUGUGAUGGUGUGGGGCGGUAUCUCCCUCACUGGAAAAAUGAGGCUCGUCAUCAUUGGAGCCAAUCUCAAUGCAGAUAUCGAGAUGAGAUUCUGCAACCAGUGGCAAUCCCAUAUCUUCACAUUCUGGGCGUGCUUUUCAUGCCAGAGUGACCAACACAACCAGGUUGGCUGACUUACGACAAAUGCUGGUUGAAGAAUGGGAGGCCAUCCCACAGCAGCGUGUGACCAGGCUGGUGACCAGCAUGAGGAGGAGGUGCCAGGCUGUUGUGGCUGUAUAUGGUUAUUCCACACGCUACUGAGGCUCAUGUUCCUUUAAUUAAUAAAUUGUUAAAUUGCCAAUAUGUUUUGUUUCUUCAAACUUCAAUCAUCCAAUCCACCAAACACCAAACAAGAGUGAAUGGCAAAGUAGCCUAGGCAUUGGCAGAGAAGAUUUGGCACAUUUUUCUUUGGUGCAACCUACAUACUCAGCUCUGCUGCUAUUCCCACAAAUGGAUGUUCCUUACACAUGUGGUACCUUUUCAAAGGGGAGGCUUCAGGCUUUCCAACCAUAUAAGAUGUAUUGCCAAAAAGCAUUGUUACAACAACAAAAUAAUCUACCAAACACAAAUUGCCUUACUUUUUGUGCGUAGUUUAUUUAACCUCUGUAUCAUGAUGUUUAACACAAGUUGCAUUGUAUAAUUUUCAUACAAUAACUAAAAUUUGAGGCAAGUAUACUAUCCAGUUCUGCUCAUGUACUUUGUUUUGAACAAUCAUGGGAACUUUUUUAUGGGUUCAUGAAAAAAUCUGGAUUUUUUCUAUUAAAACAUCAAGUCUGACUCCAUGUUGUCAAGGUGAAAUUAAAAAUUUUGAACUGCAGGUGGCGCACACAACACAUUUGAGAAACACUUCUGCUCUGUGCAACAGAGGAACAUUACAAACCACACACCUUAAAACUUUGCCUAAAUGUAAACAAGAUGAGAACUGCAGAAUAAAUGACCCAGAUUGGAGUUUGGGAGAAUUACAAACCUACAUAAAGCUGUCAUUGUAAACGCUAGAUUGCAAAAACCCAGUAUAUUGCAUUGGAGUGUGCAUAGAAACACAAUUUAAGGGAUAAAAACUAUCCACACAAUGACACUUUUAAGCUGUAUG